GCAUUUGAAUCAGUUUUCAGUUAGAAUGCAAAAGAUCACCGCCAUUUUGGCCCUCGCUUGCGGCCUAUUAGCUUUCGUGUCGGCACAAAAGUGCCAGGAGUGUCAGAGCGGUAAUUCGGCCUACUGUCAUAGUCAGACCGAAUAUAGAAAUUGCAUGCAAAACAAUCCCAUUGGCGACAUUGUAUCGUGUGACAGCGGCUACGUUUGCAGCAACACCGAGAAUGUCUGCGUGUUGAGUUAUCUUGUGGAUGGAUCUAGUGUGCUGGAUGUGUGCGGUGCACCCGGCGGAAACGGUGACGACUGUGAGGUCUGCAUCGGCAGCAACAAGUACAGCUGCGUCAGCAAGACCCAAUUUGUACGAUGUGUCGAUCAGCAGGCAUCCACUGCCAAUGUUUACAGCUGCGGCACGGAUGAGAUUUGUGUGAUUGAGGCACUCGCCACCCACGGCACCCUCUGUGUGCCCACCUGUGCCGCCACCUUCUUGAACGAGACGGCGACAUGCAGCAAUAGUGAGUAUGUGGCACCCCCAAACCCAACGGUACCCACUUUGGAUGAGCAGGUGAAGGCCUGCAAAGAGGCAGGUGACCUGCCUGCCAAUUCGAACUUCCCUUACUUCUAUACGAGAUACACCAACGACGCAACAUGCAGUAGCUAUCUGUACUGCGAGAAGGUCAGUAGCGUCACGUGGCUGGCCAUCCUGUACAAGUGCAAUGGGGCAGAACCAUUCUUCGACUCGGCCUCCUCCAGAUGUGUGGCCAUUCGACCGGAUAGCUGCCCAGCAACAACAACGAGUAGCCCGCAGGAACCGACGACUUCUCCCUCUGCAGGGCCAACAGAGAGUACAUCUGCCGCAGAACCUACGAGUGGUUCUACAAGUUCUAACUCCGAAGCGUCUUCUGAAACUCCAGCUACAACAGUACCUACGAGUAGCCCGCAGGAACCAACAGAGUCUUCCACAAAUGCUAACGCUGAAGCAUCUUCUGAAGCUUCAUCUACCCUUGCACCUACAACGAGUAUUCCGCAGGAGUCUUCUGAAACUCCAGCUACGACAGUACCCACAAGUGGUCCACAGGAACCAACAGCGUCUUCUGAAACUCCAGCUACCACAGGAUCUGCAACGAGUGCACCACAGAACCCACAAGAGUAAACAAUCAAUCUAUCUGUAGAAUGUAGAAAUGCCUUGUCUAAAGUUUUAUUGUAAAAUUCACACUAAUUAAAAGAAGGGCCAUUA